AUACGACAAUCCAACCCACAGCUUGUAGUCGGGGAACUCUAUGGCGCCGGUAUAUUUGUAACAACAGUGGUGGCCGGUACUAUAUUUAUAUUAUCGGACUUCAAGCCAAUGGCGCGACCACUUUGUCGUGAUAUAGUGUUUUACAUAGUGACCACAUUUAUAGUAUGGCUCACAUUCUUAGGCGGAUCCAUUAAGAUGUCCCACUCGAUUGCAUUCAUUUGUAUCUAUUUAUUUUACAUCAUAACAGUCGUCGGCUCCGGUAUUAUAUAUACUAAAUAUUUAAACAAAAAGAAACCAGAUCAAUCCACUGACGAACCCCCGACGGAGAUGCCGGGACGAGUGAAAAAACUGGUCUUCUCGCGCACAUACUUCGGUCAGACGUCUAAAACAAAACGGCCGUCCAUUAAGGACAUGGAGGACGACAAUUACGAAGGGGUUGUCUUAAGAAGGAUAAAGUUUCGUGAUAUCGGGGUCACAUCACCGCAAAGGAGACGUACCCUCUCUAACAUCCAUCAGCCCUUCCAGAACGGCGGUCAUCGCAAGAGUACAGUGUUCUCGGUCUCCAAGUCUGAGCAAAGCGAUGAAUAUGUGGGCCGUCAGUAUCGGAGUAAUACCAUAUCCGACGUAUCAUUCCCGAGCCAUUCACCGGUUGUGGGCGAGAAAAAGCACACACUUUUGUUGCACCAGUUGAGCAAAAUUAUGUCAAACGACCAAAACUAUGUGAUGGAGGGCAUAGUCCUUGCCGUGUCGUUUGUGGUGGCACUGGUAGUCUUUUUCACAUCGGAGACCGAGAAGCCACCGGUCUAUCACUGGGCGUUUGCAUACUUUGGUUUCAUAGUCUCCGUGUCCUGGAUCUACGCCCUGGCCAACGAAGUGGUCGACCUCCUGACCGCAGUCGGCAUUAUCUUCGGUUUGAGUCACUUAUUGCUGGGCCUGACUGUCCUCGCCUGGGGUAACAGUGUUGGAGACUUCAUAUCCAACAUAAGUAUGGCUCGCAAUGGAUUCCCACGAAUGGGCGUGAAGUCGGCGAGUGUUAGCUAUUACACGAGAUUCACGAAACAGUGGUACGAAUGGGAACAGGAGUUGUAUCGCAAAAAUGGCAAAAUUUUCGGGAUCUAUGAAAUCACAAAACCGGUGCUCUUUCUAUCGGACCCGGAGCUCAUUCGCGACGUUUUGGUCAAAGAUUUUCAUAUAUUUAACAACCGAAGAGACUUCCGGACGGGUGGCGACCCAUUGGUGGACAAUAUGGUUAGUGUCGUGAGAGACGAUCAGUGGAAGAAGAUCCGGUCCAUAAUGUCUCCCACUUUCUCGACGGGAAAGCUGAAGAAGAUGAUGCCAUUGAUCGUUGAAUGUCGUAAUACAAUGAUUGGUAAUCUGGAAAAGAUCGCCAAAAGUAGCAAACAGGCGGAUAUGAAGAAGUUGUUUGGCGCCUAUGCCAUGGAAGUGGUCAUUCAAGUGGCGUUUGGCACGAAAGUGGACGCACUCAUCGACGAGAAUAACCCCAUUAUAACCAAUGCCCGUAAAAUGUUUGGCAAAGACUUUAGCCCUAAAAUACUGGUCGCUAUAUUAGCCCCUAAAUUGGCCCGAUUUCUCAAGAUUUCAGUGUUUGACUUAAAUAUCACGAAAUUCUUUAAAGACUUUACACUUCAGAUCAUUGAAGAGCGAAAGGCUAACAAAAAUACGGCUAAAAGAGUAGACUUUUUGCAACUAAUGUUGGAUUCAAUGCAAAACAAUAACACAUUCAAUGAUGAAGAAGAAGUGGACGACAAGAAUAAAGAGAAAUACAAAGAAAUUCAGGCCAACGAAGGAAUGGACAAAACUCUGACCAAUGAUGAACUCAUAGCUCAAUGUGUUUUGUUUUUCCUGGCUGGUUAUGAGACCUCAGCCACUACUAUGGCGUUAUGUCUCUAUAAUAUCGCCAAACAUCCAGAAGUGCAACAAAAACUAUAUCUCGAGUCCAAGAGAUACUACGAGGAAUUCAAAGGCGUUGAUUACGAUGUAUUGCAUUCAUUGAAAUACUUGGAUGCAGUCAUUCAGGAAACCCAACGACUAUUUCCUGCGGCUGUCUUUCUCGAGAGGGUUCCCAAUCAGGACUACGAGCUGAGAGGGACAGGCAUUACCAUCAAAAAGGACGAUAUCGUCCACAUUCCCACGUAUUCCAUCCACAGAGACCCGGAACACUUUGUCGACCCGGAAGUGUUUAGACCGGAAAGGUUUUUGGCGGACAAUAUAUCACACCAUCCGUACGCGUAUUUGCCGUUUGGCGCCGGCCCUCGAAAUUGCAUCGGAAUGAGAUUGGCUCAGAUGGAGAUCAAGUUGGCCCUCAUCAGUGUUGUCCACCAAUUUCGGUUCUACCCGUCAGAGAAACCAUUGGAGUAUUUCUUCACCGGAGGGCUCAUUGUCCCCAAAGCUGUGGACGUGAGGGUCGAGAGACGGGCUUAAUAUCAAUCAUACACUUCAUUAAACAUUAUACCCGUAUAUUAGUUGUCAGCAUAUAUUUAGUAAUUUAAACAAGCAACAAUUCUGUAAGUUAUUCUUUGAUAAAGUUGAGAAUACUAACAAAUAGAGUGCGCUUUCUACAGUGUAUAUCAUAGUAAAUCAACAUGUUCAUU